UAGAGGGUGGCAGUGGUGCUGUGAGCUGGUCGGUGAGUGACAGUGAUGUUGCCGUGGUGACAAUAAAAGGGGAGGUCAUGGCGGGAAAGAGACGGGGCCAAGUGGAUAUUCAGGCAUCAGACGCACGCAACCCUCUACACACCGCUACUGGACAGGUGUACGUGUUGAGGCCAGCUGGUGUGGAUGUCCUGGCCCAGAGAGGUGACUGUAGGGUGGGAGAGACCAUCACCCUUCCCCUGGCUGUCUGGGGGGUCCAGGAGGAGGAGAACCAGGACCCUCCCCAGGGAAGCUCUGGCCCCCAGUCCCUGCUGGAGGUGACAGACUGCUCUCUCAUCAACCUCCACGUCACCACGUCACCACGGGGGGUAUUCACCCCUCUACCAGGUUCUGUGGGUCCAGGCUCAGGGUUCUGUGGAGGACUCCAGCUGGAAGCAGUGGGACCAGGCCACACCCUCAUCACUAUCACCGUGGAAAUGGAACACUACAACAUCACUUCCAUGGCAACGCUGGCCGCCCACAGUCCCCUCAAGGCCCUGGUUUCAGAGGUGGUCUUGUCUUUGGGUGCGUCUUGCCUCGUCGUCUUCGAGGGGGGGCCACAGCCCUGGCCCCUGGUCCCUGCACGUUUCCAUGGCGAUGCCCAGGCUGAGGGGGAGGGGCUGGGCGUGGAGGCUCUCAGCCUAUCAGAGCCCAGAAGAGCCCAGCAGCACGCCUACAGGGUCACCUGCUACGCCCUGGGGGAACAG